CACAGCGCAGGGCCUCGUGGACCUUGGGGCCACUGGCGCGCACGGCCGCCCGCCCCUUCCGGCUCCGCCCUGGAGCGCGUAGGGCGCGUGAGCUGAGACGCCGGGAGCCGUGCGAAGAAGGACUAUGAAGCUUCCGAACAUCCUGCUUACCGGUACACCAGGGGUUGGAAAAACUACAUUAGGCAAAGAACUGGCAUCAAGAUCAGGACUGAAAUACGUUAAUGUGGGUGAUUUAGCUCGUGAAGGGGAGUUAUAUGAUGGCUAUGAUGAAGAAUAUGACUGUCCCAUUUUGGAUGAAGAUAGAGUUGUUGAUGAGUUAGAGAACCAGAUGAGAGAAGGUGGCGUUGUUGUGGAUUACCACGGUUGUGAUUUCUUUCCUGAACGCUGGUUUCAUAUAGUCUUUGUGCUGAGAACAGAUAAUAGUAUAUUGUACAAAAGACUGGAAACAAGGGGUUAUAAUGAGAAGAAACUAAAAGACAAUAUUCAGUGUGAGAUUUUUCAAGUUCUUUAUGAAGAAGCCAGAGCAUCUUACAAAGAAGAAAUUGUGCAUCAGCUGCCCAGCAAUAAACCAGAAGAGCUAGAGGAAAAUAUAAAUCAAAUCUCAAGAUGGAUUGAGCAGUGGGUCAAAGAUCAUAACUCUUGACCAGCCACAUUACAGUCACUCUUACUAAUACACUCUUUCAACUUAAUAGAAAUUGCCCAAGCAUCAGUAACAACAACAAAAAGUAUGUUGCAGGUCUACCAGGAGGAUCUACCUGGGUUUCUUUUUCUCCAUGAGAAAGCUAAACAAUCUCAAAUAUGGAUAUAAAUUGUAAAGGUUGUGAGUGAAAACUGUCAUCAAAUUUAAUUGCAAAGCAAUAAAUCUAACCAAAUUGGUA